UUUGGUAAUUCAAAGUUUAGGUGCAACAGGAACAGCUUUCAUUCUGGAAGCAUUUUCGUUCCACCGUUCUCCUCUACUAAGGCCAGAGAAGUAUAGACAGUUUGUGUCUGAUCUGAUUAUAGAACUAUAAGCAUUUCAGUGCAUUUUUACUUACACAAAUCCUAGAGUAACACGUAUGAACUGUUCAUAGGUUCAAGUCUCCAGUUCAAGCAAACACAGGGUAUAGCUUUAUUUAGUUUAAUACCCUACUAGAUCCUGGAAUGUACCUUUCAUUUCCAACUCAGUGUUUAGCAGCUGAGUCAGUUUCAUCCAACAGUGGGUUGCGUGAGCAACAUUUCCUCGUUGUGUUUCCUAGCAUAGUGUAGGCAGGUGUUGCUUUGUAUAGACAAUCUGCAGACUCCUGCCCUUCUGCUUCAUGAUGUCAUCACAUCUCCACCUCCCUCACCUGUUGCACUGGGAAUAUAAAAGGAGCUUGUUGCCACAGCAUCACCAUUUCAUAUAACUACACAAAGGGUGGAGACAGCAAUCAGUUGGCCAAAAUAGCAAGGAAAAGGAAAGAAAAACUCUGGGCCAGAGCAUCCACAGGAAGACAGCACCAUGUCGAUGGGAAUGGAGAUUGGGGGCAUUGCCCUGGGUCUGGUAGGAUGGAUCAUUAGUAUUGUCACCUGCGCUCUGCCUAUGUGGAGGGUCACGGCUUUUAUUGGUGCUAACAUAGUCACAGCCCAGGUCAUCUGGGAGGGUAUCUGGAUGACCUGUGCAGUGCAGAGCACUGGGCAGAUGCAGUGUAAGGUGUACGACUCCAUGCUGGCACUUCCUCAGGACUUGCAGGCUGCCCGAGCUAUGAACGUCAUCUCCAUUGUCCUGGCUGUGCUGGCUGUGAUGAUCUCCAUCAUGGGAGCCAAGUGUACCAACUGUAUAGAGGACGAAGCUUCAAAGGCCAAAGUCAUGAUCGUCUCUGGGAUUUUAUUCAUCCUUGCUGGCAUCCUCCAGCUCAUCCCCGUCUCCUGGUCAAGCAACACCAUCAUCCAGGACUUCUACAACCCAACAAUUCCUAGCAGUCAGCGCAGAGAGCUCGGAGCGUCGCUCUACCUUGGCUUUGCAGCUGCUGCCCUGCUCAUCAUUGGAGGAGCCUUGCUGUGCUGCACCUGCCCCCCACGGGAGAAGAGGUACAAGCCCGCAAAAUUGGGCUACUCUGCUCCACGCUCCACCAGUGGCUACGACAGAAAGGACUAUGUCUGAAAAUGUUCAAAAAGAUUUUGUCAUUUCAUGGGUCAAAAUGUGAGUGUGGUUUGAUAAUUUCAGGAAACUUCUGAGAAGACUCCGAAAUGAAGGGCCUUGUUAUGCUGUCAAUAUUUGCUUUGCGCUCUAUUUGCUGUGCUUGUUCAUUGUCCUUCUAAGAAUGUUUGGCUUAAAAUAGUUGCCUUUUUAUUAUGUUUAAUUGUUAUAUUGACUGAAUUUAUUAUAUUCUGCACAUUUUAGUAUAUUAUAAACCUUUUUAUAUACAAGGACUCAAGGUUAUUUUGUUCAGGAUUUUAGAGAUAUGUCAUUGUAUAUGCAAACAAUUAGUUAAGUUUGAACUCUGAGCAUAUGAGGCAUGUAUAAACAUUUGAUGUAUCCUUGGCAUCUAACCCAUGACUCAAGCGGUGAGGUAAAAGGAAGAGAUCCCCUUUUACAUGUAUUUGUUUAUGAAAAUCUGAGCAGGGACAGAAACUGAGAUCAAUGUGUCUGAGUCCUACUUCACUCUUCAUUUCUUCUUCCAUAUGUUUUUAGCUAACACUUUUUGUGGGAUAGUGUUUCAUUGUGUUUUUUUUUUUAUUUAAGAAUUUUUUUUUUAUGUAAGAAUUUCACUUGUGCAGGUGUCAUUUCACUUAAUUGUUUUUAGUAGAAGCAUUUAAACACAUUAUUGAAAUAAGUAGGUUUUUAAGAUAUAUUUCAAACUCUGGGUGUACUGUUGUAACUGAUGACAUUAUUUACUUUGUCCCUAAUAACAACAAAAAAGACAAACAAAAUGCUGGGUGGUAUCCGGAAUACAUACUGCAAACUGUCUUAGCAUACAAAGGUUCAACAGGUAGAACUGUUUGCUAUAGGAGGUGGCAGAUAAAUUAGAAUAGAGCUUAGAGAGAGAGAAAGAAAGAGAGAGAGAGAGAGAGAGAGAGAGAGGGAGGGAGUGUGUGUGUGUGUGUGUGUGUGUGUGUGUGUGUGUGUGUGUGUGUGUGUGUGUGUGUGUGUGUGUGUGUGUGUGUGCCUGCAUGUAUGCGUGUUGUUGAAAACAUUCUCUCCAGGGAAAAAAAAUAUUUUUACAUCUAUAACAUAUUGGAAAAAAACAUAAAGUAUAAAAUUGUGCCAUUAUUUUUUUACAAUAUGUUAUAUUCAGUAAAUAUGUUAACUUAUUUUCACUUAAAAUACAUAGUACAUCUCCAUUUGGGCAUAAUUUCAAAAUACAGCUAUCAAGUUAUUCAGGCAAAAAGCUCUGUAUCAGAUAAAAACUGUGACUUUUAUUAAUAUAUCAUAUUCAUAAAUUUCAGAAUCUUUCUUUUUGUUUGUGUACUUUUAAAUAAAUUCUUGAGUACUUGAUUACUUAAGGCUAUGUCUGUUACAAUCAAUGGCAGGAAAUAAACAUAUAAGAUCAUAA